UUUCUAUUUUAAUUCAAAAGUUCAAUUCAAACAUUAGUGUUUUAUGACGGGAUGAAUGUAGAUGCAAAUGAUUUGUUACGUUGGUCAACGAAAGCUAUGCCAUAGCUAUAAGAAAUAUCUCACUGAAGCAAGUACGUAAACAAUCAGUUGAUAUUCAAGUUGAAUAAUUCUGGAAUAACAAGUUAGCUUGUUGUUUGCAGAAGACAAGUAACGCAUACAUAAAUUGUAAACCGAAACGUUUGACAAAAUGUGGGCACAUUCAAUGAAUCAAUAUGUGUACUUAGUGGUGAUGCUAUCAUUUGGAUUUUUGAAUGCAUCAAAUCCAACUGUAAUUUCUUCUUCAAAUGCACCAACAACGUCUUUAAAUGAUGUUGAGCCUCUAACGGAACUCUCACCGCCACUAACUGAGGACAAUUUUACAAGUGUGUUUCCAAUUGUAUGUACGCUUGAUGGUUGUGUAGAAGGUCGAGCAACACCUGGUUUUCAAAUCGAUGAAUAUGAAUCUUUCUUCGGCAUUCCGUAUGCGGAGGCACCAGUUGGAAAAUUACGUUUUGCGAAUCCAGUGCCGAAAAAACCCUGGUCAGGCUUACUUAAUGGAAAAAUGGAACGUGCAGCUGGUUGCGCACAAAUAAAUGUCUUAAUUCCAAAUGGAAAAUUCGAGGGUGAAGAAGACUGUCUGUUUUUGAACAUUUAUCGACCGACUAAUACAUCGGCGAAAAAAAAUUCGUCACUGCCAGUAAUUGUUUAUAUUCAUGAGGGUGGAUUUUUCUCCGGUUCGAUUCAUACACUUUUCCGUGGACCACACUAUUUCAUGGAUACUCAGCAAGUUAUCAUGGUUUUGAUGACAUAUCGUCUUGGUGUGCUUGGUUUUUUAUCGACGGGGGAUCAGGCUAGUCCUGGAAACUUCGGACUUAAGGAUCAAACAUUGGCGUUAAAAUGGAUAAAACGAAAUAUCAAGGCAUUCGGCGGAGACGCCGAAAACAUUACAAUUAUGGGAGCAUCGGCUGGUGGUGCAUCGGUUCAUAUGCAUAUGAUGAGUCCGCUUUCGGAAGGCUUAUUUCAUCGAUGCAUUGUUAUGAGUGGAUUGGCAACGGCUCCCUAUAACGAACCGACACCAAAUCCAUUGGCACUUGCAAAACGACAGGCCGAAGUGAUUGGCAUUGAAAAUAUAGACAACCUAAGCACAUAUGAAUUGGUUGAGAAACUUCGAGAAAUUGAUGUAUCUGUUCUGGUCAAUAGUAUUGGCGAUUUAAAAAUCUGGUCAGUCGAUCCAAUCACUUUGUAUCGUCCUGUUAUCGAACCGAAAGCAGAUGGAGCGUUUAUGACAGAGCAUCCUGCAUCCAUUUGGGCACGUGGUUCAUUUAAACAAGUUCCAUGGAUGACGGGAAUCGUACCAAAUGAAGGAAGUGUUCGAGCAGCAGCUAUAUUGACUAAUAAAGAGCUUAUGGAAGAUUUGAAUGCCAAUCUUGAUAAAUUGCUGCCAAAAUUGAUGGAAUUAACAAAUGACCCGGAUAAACUGCCCAUCAUUACAAAACGCUUGAAGGAAUUCUAUUUAAAUGGGAGUAACACAAUAAAAGACUCAAAUAGCCAAGGAUUUAUAAAUUUAUACACCGAUCGAGGUUUUCAUCAUCCAUACUAUAAAGCUCUAGAAUCUUAUUUAAAAUAUGCGAAUACCACAAGGAAUCCAGUUUAUCUGUAUAAGUUCGCUUAUAAGGGAUCUUUAUCUUAUUCUCGCGUUUUUACCGGCACCGAUAAAGAUUUUGGCGUCGGGCAUAUUGAUGAUCUAAUCUAUCUUUUCAAAUCACCGAUAUUAUUCCGAGAAUUUGCAACCGGUUCGGAUUCGGCUCAGAUGGUUCGAUCAUUAGUCAGCACAUACGUGCAGUUCGCCAAACACGGUCGACCGGUAUCAUGGAACGAAGUGCAUGAAUGCAAACGAUUUCAUCAUGGCAAUAUUUGUGACUAUCAAGAGUUUCGCAAUUUGAAUGGCGAUUUUAAAACGAGCAAAUUUGAAGUUCGUACAAAUAACGAUUUCAAUUUGGCAAUGGUUCGUUUCUGGGAUGAAAUACUAAGUAUUUGAAACUGGAAACGUUUGUUUCAUACGUUACCUUUUUACGUCUUAAUUUUUACAUUUUCAUAAAACAUCAUUUAAUUUAAGUAUUAUUCCGUUCUCUUUCAACUUCUUUGCACAUUUCAUCAUCGGAUUGAUUGACGUUGAGGAAAAAAAAAUCAUUUAUUCAUUUAAAAUUGAACAUUUUUCUUUUGUUGCUGUUUGUGUAAGAUCGAGUUUUAAAUUAAGUAAAAAAAAAAUAAAGGAUUCAUUUAUGUAAUCCAACGGUUCGAACGUAAACACGAAUUAUUUUAAUGCCAAUUUACACUUAUAAUCAGUGCACUGCAGAAUUUGAGAUUGCAUUCGAAUUGUCUUAGAUAUGUCAUGAAAGGAAAUAAAACAAAUAUUUUUGAAA